AUCCAGAAAUCCAAAUCAUGUUGAGGCUUCAGAGUUGUCAUCCUUUGGACCCUUUAUCUGCCACUGAGAUCUCUGUCGCUGUCACAACCGUUAAAGCAGCCGUCAGUAGUACCCAUGAGGGAAGCGAUGACAUUCAAUUUAUGGAGGUGGUUUUAUUAGAACCAAAUAAAAGUGUUGUUGCACUAGCAGAUGCAUACUUCUUCUCACCUCACCAAGGACCAGAAAUCAUGAAUAAGCUUCCUCCACGGCGAGCUAAGCUCAUCCUUUACAAUAAGAGAAGAAAUGAGACAAGUAUAUGGAUUGUUGAGCUAGCCAAAGUGCAGGAUGGACAUGACAAGGGAAAAGUGAUUUCAUCCGAAGUCAUUCCAGAUGUUCAACCAUACGUGGAUAUUCAAGAGUUGGUUGAUUGUGAAGCUUUGAUGAAAAGUUAUCCACCUUUUAUAGAGGCAAUGAUGAGAAGGGGCAUUGAUGAUAUGGAUCUUGUGAGUAGCUCUGUUACAAUGUAG